AUGAACCCGGUCCGCAAACUCUCAUCAACCUUUAUCAUAAACUCCACCUUCUCCGCGGCCGUCCGCCGGCGGUUGUCGACCAAAAGUGGCAACGAUGAAUGGAACGACGCAUGGGAAGCUGCGUGGCUUCCCGACGAUCUUUCUGGAAAGAAUCGAGCUCCAUGGGAAGCCGACGUAAAUUUUGCACUUUCCGACGAUACCAGCAACACUACCGAAAAUAUCCAAAUUGAGUCUAGGGUUCCGGAAGUUGAUACGGAAACUAAAGCCUUUGUGGAGGAUAUGAAUGAGAAUUGGCACUUAAGAAAGGGGAAGCAGCAGAAAAAUGGCGGUGAGGGCAUAAAUAUCAACGAAAAUGAAAGUUCGCUUUAUAGUUUGGAGAAUAUAAAGAGGGAUUAUAGGUUGAAGAAGCAGAGAGUGCAUGCUGGUUUGUGGUUGAAGGAGAUUGAGAAGAUGGAAGAGACUAAGCUAGGAGAUUCUAUUGGUGGUAACGGCAAUGCUGAUGAUAUUGAAAAAUUUCUGGAUAGCUGUUCAGAGAUUUUUGAUUCACCUAAUGAUGAUUCAAGCAAUUCAAACACGACUUCUGAGUUCAAAAACAAACCUGAUGGCUGGGAAACCACUUCAAAAACACAAGAUGGGAAUAUAUGGGAGAUGUCGCAAAGAGAAGAAGAUAUCUUAGUCCAAGAAUUUGAACGCCGAAUUGCAUUCAACAAAUUCCAGAUUGCCAGUUUUAUUAAAACCCAUAUAUUUAGUCGGAGGAGGCCUAUAGAUGGUUGGAAGUAUAUGAUAGAGGAGAUCGGUCCAAAUGCCAGAAAAGGGAAGGGCAGUGUUUCAAGGUUACCGAGUAUAGCAGAUGCAUCAACUCGACCUUUCAGGGAGGAAGAUACAUCGUCCCACACUACUUUCCCCUCUAAUCGGGGGAGGACUGAAAGGAGGUAGCAUUUUGUAAAUUCUUAUUCUUAGAACAGAGUGACAUUGCCAAAUCUGGGUAUGCAUGUUGUAAAAUUAGUAUUGAACUUGUAAGUUGUAUUGAAUUAACAGAAAUUUCCACAGGCCCUAUUGGUGAAUAGAAAAUUAUUUUCUUUUCC